CACCGAGUCACAUACUCCUGGAACCGACUACCUCAACUGAUUUAUUCAAGGGUUUGAAGAAGCAUAGAAACUUGUUGGAACAAGAUUCACAAGGAUUUGAUACCUUCUACUGAAAGCAAUAAAUGUGAACCCAAAAUCCAUCUGUUUUACUAAACCAUUGUUGUAUCUCAUCACCUUUGCGAGGUGACGUACUAAUACAAUAUUAUUUUUCGGUCGUGAGAUUUGGGAAUUAAAUGCUGCCUAGGAAAAGUGUAUUUAUGAGGAAUGAACAAAACCCACUUGAAUCAUAUCAGCCAACCAAGCACUUCAAUGACAGACAAUGAUUCACUUAAUAUGACUACAAAAGUUCGUUUUGUGUCAAAUUUAUUGGAUGGUCAUCUGUGUUCUGAUGCAUUAACUCCUCCUUCUAUGUCAAAACUUACAUCUUUGUCAACUGGAGAUCACUCAAUAUCACCGGACACUAGCACUUGUCUUGAUUUGAAAAACUUCUCCAUUGGUGAUAGAGUUUAUUUAAAUAAGGCUAAACAACGUGGUACAAUUGCCUAUAUCGGUCCUACACACUUUGCUGCUGAAGAUCUUGUUGGUAUUGUGUUGGACUCAAACUGUGGUAAGCACGAUGGAAGUAUAAAUGGGAUAAGAUACUUUCAGUGUGCAGCAAAACGUGGUGUAUUUUGUCCUAUCAAUGAAUUAUCGCCUCUGGAUAAUAAGAGAACAUUGGGAAAUUCAAGACCAAGACAUUACUGUGAAAGUGAGCAUUCACGGAAUUAUAACGUCUAUAUUGCUGACAAAAGGAAAUCAAACAGUCUUUCACUAAAAAAUUGUCGUGGUCAAUUUGAUAGGAAUAAUAGAAAUUAUCAUUCAUUUCGAUCGCCUAGCACUCUGAGAUCGGACAACUUUUCCACUCAACAGACUGGCAGACUUCAAAGAUCUUGGUCAGAAAGGUGUAAAUUCUCUGGAAAAUCAUGGAAAGAUUCAUUGUCCACUACUGAUGAUCGGAUAUUUGAACCCUAUGGUUCACCAAGAGCAGUAAAUAGAAUUCACCGGAGCAACACAUUGCCGGGAAAUGCUUACAAAGCUUCACAGGAUCCUUCGAUAUCUACUUCCCGUUUUGUGCGUGGAGGCAGUCUACCGAGAUUAAAAGAAGACAACUGUGUGAAAAAAGCUUACCCAUUCUCUGAAAUUAGCUCAACCUCAGCAUCAAAAUUAUACGAUAAACGUCAUCGCAAUUUUCCAGGGAGAAAUGCCAAGUUAGAUAAGCUGAGGAAUUCUUCAAAUUCGUACACAGAUAUUAAUCAAUCCCUAAUCAAUCCACCAUUUAGGAAUUCCCUAAGACUUAUCAAAUUAAACAGACUGAACAGAUGUUCAUCUGGACAAAUGACUAAAACUGAUGAUCAAAACAACCCGGCCGGUUUCUCAUACUAUCCAUCAGAAGCAGAUAAAACAUGCAGUGAUAAUGAAUUAUUUCUGGUGAACAGUGUUAUCAGUUGUGCUCAAGAACGACUGAGUGAAUUACAAAAUGAAGUUUUACAAUAUCAUGCAUACAAUGUAAAGUUAUUAGAACAGUUAACACAUAUCAAAUCAUGUCAAAAUGAAAUAUCACAUAAGCUUGAAGAAAAGCGUAGAAAUGAUGUCUUACAAUCACAGCAUGCAUACCAGCGACAACGUGGACGGAUAAAAGAUAUCAAGAGUAAACUUCUGCAAGAAUAUGCAAGAUCUAGGAAUUUGGUAAUACAGUUUCAUAAUUUAAAGGUGGCUGUCAAGUAUACAUCUCCAAGGGAAUUAAUAAAUACUAUUGAGAAUAAUUGUUACAGUCAAGAUAACAACAGUAUUGGUUGUAUUAACAUCUCUAAUAAUGAGAAUGAUUUGAACAAAUAUAACAACAACAUUGUCCUCACAACAACUUUUCAUCCCAUCGAAGGUGUUGGUAAUAUUGUACAUAGCAGAAAAAUAACUUGCAAUACAGUUACUCCUGAAAGUCUAGUGAGCAGCAGCGUAAAUACUGGACAGGAAAUUAUGCAGCUCAGGAAACAAAAACUCAUAAUUUAUGAUGCUUAUCAGUGUCAUUACCAAAACAUAAUCAAACGAUUAAUAGCUUACCAAAGAACGCUUACUGAACAAGUUUAUGACGUCAGCUUAUGCAAUCACAGUGAAAACCGGGAGAAUACAUCGAAUUCAUACAAGACAACUUGUACUGAACACCAGGUGAUGCUGAAUAUGGCAAAGGAAAGAAAUUGUAAACUAUCAAUGGAACUCAGUGUUCUCAAUGCUGAGAUAUUACAUUUAAGCAGUCGACCAGAAAGGCAGUUGUAUGACUUCCUGAAGCAAUUAGAUUCAUGCAAAAGUACCAAUGAUAGACUUCAUCAAACAAUUCAAGAUUUAGAGGAACAAAUUACAAAAAUUCAAAAAGAUUUAGAAGACGCUAAAAAAAAGCUGAAUAAGGAGGAUGUCAUACAUUUAACACUUAUGAGAAUGAAUCUUCGUAUUCAUCAGCUUAAACAAAUGGAGAUUAGAGCUCGAAGUCUUCAGAAUGACCAGUGUAUGAGUAUACAAACUAAGGAAAAAGAAUUAACAGAAGCGAUGAAUAAAAUGGAUUUACUAUCACAAGCCUGGGCGAAUGAAAGACAGGCAAAGAUUACAUCUGUUCAAAAAUUACGCGAAAAUCUAAAGUCAUUAUCUGGUGAACCGCCUAAGAUAUACAUUACUCAUAAAAUAAAUCAUGUUAUUUAUGAUGGUGGCGCACGGAAUAACGGUAUACAAACAUCGGAUACAGAGACUCCUAUUCUGCCAAAUUCAUUAUUCAGUGCUUUGUGCAAAGAAAUCCGUCGUCUGCAAUCACGUUCAGUCAGCCUGGUUGAAGCUUUGGAUUUAUUGAGCGCAGGAAAUUAUAAUGCAGAAAAGUUAGAUCAUAUAAAAAGUCUUGUACUUACAUCGAACGCAUCAAAAAAGAUAAAUAAUACUGCGAUUAGUAGUAAGACUAACAGUUACAACAGUUAUGAUACAAAGUUGCACAACAGUGUUCGUUCUGUUAAGCUGCGUAACAAUUCAAAGGCGUCAGGCAACUCUUGUUCAAUCAAAAGGUAUUCAGAUAUUCUCCCAACCUUAAUACAAAAUAAACAAAUAUCAGUAAUUGAUAAUCGUGCACACAGAAUAACAUCAUUUAGAAAUUCUGAUCAUGAUCAGAAGUCUAAACAUGCAGCUAUUCAAGAACCUACAAAAGGGAAGAUUUCUGUCCCAUCUUCUGUAGAUGAUUUACGGUUGGAAACACGAGUUUCAUCUUUGCAACAGCAACAACAACAACAACACAAACAGAACAACAACAAUCAAAUCACUUAGAAUUAGAUGUUUUUAAACAACAGCGAAUGCUGUUACAGCAAUAUCAAGAACAACAACGGCAGCUACAACAACAGCAACUGCAACAAUUACCUCAUCACAGUUUAGCGUUAUCUUUCAGUCCACGUGUACAACGUCGACCAGUUUCUUUUUAUUUAAGUCGAAGUAUAGAUAAAUUUAUCAAGCAUCCAAUUCCAGAAGCUGAUGAAGAAGAGGGACAAGACGAUGAGGAGGAUGAAGAGGAAGAGGAAGAAGAAGAUGAUGAUGAUGAAAAAGGGGAAGAAGGAUGCAAAAAAGAGAAAAAAGAACAUUUUGACAGUCAUAGGAAGCAUAUUCAUGAGAAAAUCGGAACAGAAAAUUUAAGUGAAUCUAAUAUGGUAUUAGUUGGAAGUCACUCGUGAACAAAAGUAUCAUUUUUCAAGUUUAUCCAUUACAUUUAUAUACAGACAAACACACACCCUGCUCAGUUAUUCCGUACAAAACACACUUUGACAUAAGAUAAUGAAAUCUGUGUACAUUAUAUCCACAUUCCUGUUUCAUAUCUUAUCAUUGUACAUUAAUUAAUAUUGCGUAAUAUAUUAUACAAAAUAUGGGAAUAACUGUAAACACUGUAUAUGAAUCAGAACAGAAUGGCUGUGUAUAGUAGAAACGAAUGUUUCACAUGUUUAUGCUCAUGCAUAUACAUAUAUGAAGUUAUCCGUGUGAUAUCUCCGUUCUCUUCACCAUACUGACAUAUUGAGGAGACCUAUUUUUUGUUUUCAACCUUCCAUUUCCAUUUUGUACACUGACUAAUAGAUUAGAUUCUCACUACAUCAUUAUUCAUUUACUCAUUCGAUGUAAAAUAGUUAUCUGUUUAAUAUUUUUUUUCUUUUUCUCAAUAUUCAUUUGUUUAUUUUGCAUACUACUACUGUUUAUAAUGUCAUUUUCAUGAGGAAAGCAAACAAAGUACUUAACUUGUCUAUUUUCCUUUGAAAGUUAUGCAUCAGUAACUCGUUUAUCGUCACUACUAGUAGUGCUAAUAAUAGUAAGUAUGAAUUUUGUUAUCGUCUUUCGAAAAAUUUAGUGAGCAUAAUUUCCUUUAUAUUUACUAUCUCAGUAUAUUAUAUACAUGACAUAAUUUUGAGUUAUGUUUCUAGCCUUAUUUACAUUGAUGAAGUAUUAUUUUUUACAUUGAAUAUCUUUCCUUGUCUACUUCAUUAUUUUAUAAAG